AUGGCUUUCUUAACAAAACAAGGACUUUCAAAACUUCGAAUAAUUUCGAUCAUUCUUCUAUCAUUUGCUUUCAUCUUCCAGAUAGUUGCAGUUGCAGCAAACAAAUGGAGUGAAAUAGACUCAGAAUAUCAUGGUCUCUCUAUUAAGGCCUACCAGAGUCUUUGGACAGAAUGCGUAAUACAAGACACACCGUCAGCAUACCCAAAACCUAAAAACAUGGAAGUUGAAUGGAAGAAGGAUUUGCAGAUCAUAGAAAUAAUGUGCAUCGUGCUUGGACUGACCUCGCUUUCAUUGUUGCUGUCAGUCUCUGUGUUAACCGUGGUAGCAACAAAAACUAUUGUAGCUGGAAUAUUUCGGGCUCUGGCAAUCAUAACGACUAUUGUGACAAGUUUAUUGAUAAUAAUCGGAGCUCUGUUAUACAACUACCAGAAAGUGAAGAUGUUUUCUUUCAAUGCGCGGAAUCCGGCCAGUAACUACCCUAUACAGGACGAGAGGGUGUCCUACGGCUUCAUACUGUCCGUGGUCAGCAGUGUCCUACUGUCUACAUCCGCCGUGAUUGAAAUCAGUCAGCUGAUCAUAGCGGAUAGUAAAGACUCCAGUCACAGAGGGAUACAGCCACUGAACAACCUAGACAAGAAACCGGAUGAAAAAAAUUAACUCCAAACCAUUUUUUGCUACUUUGAAAUAAUGUGAUACGUCAAUAUAAAUGUAAUAAAAAAUUUACAUACUUAAUGCUCUU